GUGUAGACUGGAGGAUAAAGUACACUUUUGUAGCUGAGCUGAGGUGUUUUUUAGGCUCCAUGUUUCUCGCCUCUCCUCAGCGAACAUGAACAGACUCAAACUGGUUUCCCGCCACCUGACUCCGUCUCGCGCCGAGCUGAGCACCUGCGGCGCGAGAGCGGCAGCGCGAGCCGCACCUGAUCCUGACGAGGUGUUGAUAGUGCACGGACUGCGCACUCCUAUCGGCAGAGCCAAGAGGGGGUCGUUUAAGGACACGACCCCAGAUGAGCUGCUGAGUGCGGUGAUGAGCUCAGUAUUGAAGGAUGUUGGUCUGUCUCCGGAUAAACUGGGAGACACCUGCGUUGGUAACGUGUUACAGCCGGGCGCUGGAGCUGUGAUGGCCAGGAUUGCACAGUUCCUCAGUGGCUUUCCAGAAACGGUGCCUGUGUGUACGGUAAACCGUCAGUGUUCAUCUGGGCUGCAGGCUCUGUUUAACAUCGCAGGUGGAAUUAGGAACGGCUCCUAUGAUUUGGGCCUUGCGUGUGGGGUGGAGAGCAUGUCCCUGCGUGCUGUGGGAAACUCGGGUGAUCUGAGCUCCAGACUGAUGGACAGUGAGAAGGCCAGGGAGUGUCUCAUUCCUAUGGGAAUCACCUCGGAGAAUGUAGCAGAGAGAUUCGGGGUCUCCAGAGAGAAGCAGGACUCUUUCGCGUGCAGCUCUCAGCACAAGGCAGCUCACGCUCAGAAGCAGGGGCUGUUUGAGGCAGAGAUUGUUCCAGUCACCACUAAGUUUGUGGAUGAGAACGGCACCGAGCGUACCAUAACCGUCACCAAGGACGACGGCAUUCGUCCAGGCACCACAGUGGCCGGCCUGGCAAAACUGCGCCCGGCGUUCAAGGAAGAUGGCAGCACCACAGCAGGAAAUGCCAGUCAGGUGAGUGAUGGAGCAGCGGCCGUGCUCCUGGGUCGCAGAUCUACAGUGGAGGCUCUUGGUUUGCCUGUACUGGGGAUUCUGAGAGCUGCUGCUGUGGUUGGAGUUCCCCCAGAUGUGAUGGGCAUUGGGCCAGCGUAUGCCAUCCCAGCAGCGCUGGAGAAAGCAGGUUUGACUGUUGAUGAUGUUGAUGUCUAUGAGAUCAACGAGGCCUUUGCUAGUCAGGCUGUUUACUGUGUUGAGAAACUGGGUAUUCCGCUGGAGAAAGUGAACCCCAACGGCGGUGCCAUUGCCCUCGGUCACCCGCUGGGCUGCACAGGGGCCCGUCAGGUCGUCACCUUACUAAACGAACUCAAGCGCAGAGGAAAGAGAGCGUUUGGUGUGGUGUCCAUGUGUAUCGGGACUGGUAUGGGAGCAGCUGCAGUGUUCGAAUAUCCCGGGCCGUGAGGACAGCAUUCAGCUUUGGUUCAGUGAUCAUGAGCAUGUGGAAAUCCACUAACUUUAAUUAAACACUAAUAUGAUGAUGCGGAUCCUAAUUAAUACAGUUACACUACUGUAAUAGACUGAACAUUACUGAGAGAUUUAGUCUCUAAAUGAAAUGUGAUCUGUAUGUAUUUCUAAUUUUACAUUAAAAUACCAUUUUCCACUGACACUGUACUGGUGCCUUGGUGCAUCUGGAACUGUUCUUCACGUUUGUAUUAUUAAAAAGACCGCAAAAUCUGUUUCAGGCAAUGGUGGCAUCAUGUUGUCAUCAUGACAAUAAAAGAAACCUGAACAGUGGUUUAAAGAAAGCACUGGUAAGUUAUUAGGUACGUGUGGUCUGUAGUGGGCAGCAAUACACUAAAAACUGAUGGCACAGUGGUAUUAUGCUAGCUCAUUACAGCAAGGAUCCAAGGUUCUAUCAGCCGGUCAGGCAUCUAUGCGAAGGCCCAGCAAUAUAUUGAAAAAAAUUUUGCCCCCAAACUGAACCAAAUUACAUUUCUCAUGUUGUUUUCUGCAUUAUACAUGACGUGUACUACACUGCCACUAGGUGUCCCUGUGGUUGUGUCUGUGUGAUCAGGAUCUGGUUCCCCAAACAAGCACCGACACAAUGUCUGUGGAAAAUCGGUACCUAGAAUGUGCCUUGUCUUUUAUAGAAAUAAUAUUUAAAAUAUUAUCUUGUAUUACUGGAUGACUAACUUAAAUUCUUAAAUUUUACUGAAAUUGAUGCUAGUUUCUGCUUUGUAAUGGGAUUCUUUCAGCUGCCAAGGAUUCAUUAAGAGUCUAUGCCAGGGCGGUUAAGUGGGUCCUGUACACAGACCACAGAGGUGUUCAUGGUGUUCAUGGUCCUGGAUUCGAAACAUGUUAGAGGUCAUUGUCUCUAGGAGUUUUGCACGUUCUUCUCAAAUCUGUGUAUGUUUCAUCCGGGUACUCUUUCUCAGAAACAAAGAAGCCGAUUGGCUUCUCGACACUGUGAUUGUGUUAGUGCCCUGUCUCUGCCGGUGGAGCCGAAUCCCACUAUGAUCCAUGUAGUGCACAGUAAAAUGUUAGAACAUUUAACAUAUUAAACUGCAUAUUAAAACGAUUGUGUCACAACCAUUAUUAAAAUUCUGAUCUAUAAUAUCUAAUUUGGCUUUUUAAACAUAAAAAGCCACACAUCUAUAGUAACUAAUCAGUCUCUGGUCUUUAUAUGAUGGAUAAACAGCUUUUUGCAAAUAAAUAAGAAUAAAAAACAAUACAAUACAAUUACAAA